AAGGUCCUCUACCUGGUUUUCAAAGGCACAUCGUUCGUCGCGGACUUCGUGGCCAACGCGUCGCUUAGCCCCGACUACGCGCCGUUCGCCCGGCUCUUCGGCGAUCGCAACACCUUCGUGCACCACGGUGCCUACCACGCCAUCACCCAGCUUCGGGUGCACGAGUGGACCAACUUGCUCGAGCAGGUGCGGCAGUCCACGGCCGAGGGCGCCCAGGCGCUCGUGGUUACCGGGCACUCGCUGGGGGGGCAGUACGCUUUGGCUUUCAUGCUCCAGAUCUUCCUGGACCGGCGAGAGCGCCUACGGCAGCCAGACCUGCCCGCCGAGGAGCCGCUGGUGGCCUGCUGCCGCAGCGUGUCGUUCGGCUCCCCGAUGGCGCUCGGCGCCGCGCAGGGCUCCGACGUGAGGGAGGACCUCGCCGCCUUCAUGCGGUCCCGCUCCGUGCUGUACAUACACGGCGGGGACCCUGCUCCGCGCCUGUGGUCGGAGUUGGAUCUCCAGGAUUUCAUGGGCUAUUUUACGGGCUGGAUGGGCGGGCAGAUGUCCAGCGUAGCCCGAACUAUCGUGGACUACGCGGCUGGCCCUGGAGGCCUCGUCACGAAGAUCGAAGAGAUGCUCGAGAGCCCUCACAUCGCUGCCCACCUGCUGCGGCCAGCCGCGUGCUACGUGCACCUGUCACGCAUAUUCCUGCUGAGUGACGAGUUCAAGCCCUGGCGCCCUCUCACCCGCGACUGCAUCCGUCUCGAGGACCAUCACAUGGUAGAGUACCUGGAGGCCAUGGCGUCCGCCAUGGACCCCACCCUGGCUGGCCGCCUCUUCGCCGAGGGGGGCCAGCCGCUCCUGGACCCGGACGGCCGCGGCAGCAUCUCGUACGCCCAGUCCAACCUCCAAGCGUGCGGCGCCGAGGCCAAGCAGCUCGCGUUCGAGCCCCCGCGGCGGGCGCCUCCCCCCCAGGCCGAGCCCCCCAGCGGCGCUGCGACGCCGGCGACGGAGCCGGCCACCGGCGGUGAGACGCCGGCCACGCCCGAGGCCCAGGGCGAGGCUGCCGGCGAGGAGCCCGCCGCGCCCGCGCCCUCCGCGCCUCCGCCUGCGGCGCUCUCGCCCGUCGUCGAUGCCGCGGCCGUGCCCGCGCCCGCCAGGGCGUGUGGCCGGGCAGGGGAGGGGCCGUGCGAGGGGGGGCAGCAGCCUCGGGAGGCGCCCGCGGAGGGCGCCGCCCCGGGCGCGGCAGCUGGCCCGACGUCGCUCGACUUCUGGGCGGAGCGGGGCGCGGAGGGCGUCGGCCGGGGCCCAGGCGGCGCCAGCACCGCGGGGGAGGAGGAGCCGCACCGGCCAGCGUGAGCUGGGAGCCAGGGCGAGCCUCGGCCCGCAAGGCCAGAUGUCGCCCUCUCGUUUUCCUUUGAUUUGGUGUCCUGUUUUUUGUUGCGGAUGUUUGUGUGUAUUUUCCGGAGGCUCUUGGCCUCGCCCGCCUUGCCGUGGACAGACUCGGCCACGCACAGCGUGGACGCCCGUGCGCAGCGGCAGCUCAAGCCAAGCCCAGUCAGGACGGUGGAGGCUUAAAAGUGACCAAGACCGUGAAGGGGGAGACGAGGGUGUUGCUCUUCUUUCAGUUUGCCCUCGGCAGGCCACGAUUGCCCAACGGUAGGCUGGGCGUGUGCAUCCAAUGCUCCCCCUUCGCCGUGAAGGGCCCGGAGUGCAGCCGUGUUGGGGCCUCGCGACAGAAACAAGGCCACUGAUGCUCUUCCUGAUCCCGCCUCGGGGAGUUCUGGGUAUUCUGUUUGUGGGCCUUGUCGAUGGAUUCGCAGGGCGUCUUGCGCCAGCACAGCGACUUGGCAUAUUCUUGGCCCGCCUCCGAGACGUCCUUGAUCUUUUGGCGGCUGAGCCAUAUUCGUAUACCCUUUUUGGCGUGUGGUCUUUCGUUCCGCCGCCUCUUGCCGACGCACGAAUCUCGCAUCCGCGUGGAUGGAGCCCCUCUUCCUCUCUCACGCGCCACGCGCCUGUCCUAUUUGCUCGUUCCCUUCCCUUGAUUGGGCACGGCAGGGCCCUCCGCGUCGGGCGCGAAGAUUCCGCAAAGGCCCGCUAAUGUUCGAGCGGGGAGUUCCGUUGAAAGUGGACAGUGCCGCGAUGUUGCAGGCGUCUGGCAGGCCGAGAAGUUGGAGACCAAUGCCGAGCGGACGGGCGCGCCACUGGCCCACAGAGUGGUGGUCAAGCGCUGCAGGGUGCG